GCGGAUAUAAAACCUCCGCGGCGAGCUGAUGCAAUACUGGAAGAUACUGAAGGAAGCAUCAGUGACGGAAAACCAGAUAAGGAAAGCUGCUCACGUCGCUCAGAACAACACGUUUUCUGUCUAAUCUCUGAAUCUUAUUCUAGUCAAUAGGUAACAGUAUGCCAGUCAUUAGAGCCCUUAGUAAGGUGGCAAAGCAGGCCCUGCUGGCCCCUGCAUGUGGAUGUCAGCCUCUCACAGUGGCGAUACGCAACAUCAGCUUCUCCCCGCGUCAGGUCACCCCUGGGUCUGACGCCAGCUUUCACUCUGUGUCCUUCUCUGAAACCGACCACCCCAAAGUUCUCAUCACAGGUGGCCUCGGGCAGCUAGGGGUUGGGCUUGCUAAACUAUUAAGGAAGCGAUUUGGAAAAAACAAUGUGAUCCUCUCAGAUAUCAGGAAGCCACCAAGCAAUGUCUUUCACAGUGGCCCCUUUAUCUACUCUGACAUUCUGGACUACAAGAACUUGCGAGAGAUUGUAGUAAAUAACAGGAUCACCUGGUUAGUGCAUUACAGUGCUCUUCUAAGUGCUGUUGGGGAAUCUAAUGUGGCACUGGCACGAGCAGUCAACAUCACAGGACUACACAACAUCCUAGACAUUGCAGCAGAACACGGGCUUCGGCUCUUUGUGCCCAGUACAAUUGGUGCCUUCGGACCAACUUCACCUCGAAAUCCCACUCCUGACCUCUGUGUGCAGAGACCACGCACUAUAUAUGGCGUCUCUAAAGUCCAUGCAGAGCUUAUGGGGGAGUACUACCACCACCGAUAUGGCCUUGACUUCCGCUGUCUGCGGUACCCUGGGAUCAUCUCUGCAGACUCACAGCCCGGCGGUGGCACGACAGACUACGCCGUGCAGAUUUUCCACGAUGCUGUCAAGACUGGCAAGUUUGAGUGCAACUUAAAACCAGACACACGGCUGCCCAUGAUGUACAUUGAUGACUGUUUGCGGGCCACGCUGGAGGUGAUGGAGGCGCCGACAGAAUCGCUCAGUAUGCGCACCUACAACAUCAACGCCAUGAGCUUCACUCCAGAGGAACUUGCCAAGGAGGUCCAAAAACAGCUGCCUGAUCUUCAGGUCACAUAUGAGAUUGACGCUGUACGACAGGCUAUAGCUGAGAGUUGGCCCAUGAACUUUGAUGACAGCAAUGCACGCAAUGACUGGGGCUGGAAGCACGACUAUGAUCUGCCAGAGUUGGUCCAGACGAUGCUCAACUUCAUCGGUUCAGACUCCCGCAUCGCCCAGGCCAACUGAGUCUGCUCAUGAACACUGAAAAUCUGUAUAUUACAUAAAGAUUUAUUGUGACGCAGAAGAGAGAUCCGUUGUCUGUAAAUAGUGAUGUUACUUUUCUCUUUUGUGUCAUCUGUAUAUUCCUCUCGACUAGCACAGACUAUGUAUAAUUGCAAAUUAUACAAAGAGGUCCGGGUCUCUUUUCAAGUCAGGGUGGAAAACCAUCAGAGUUGCACAAGUAUUUUGAAACCGAAAUGAAAGGAAUGGGUUUAAACCUGAAAGUGAUCCUCUUGUGCUUUGUAUUUAGUGAAAAAGGAGCAUUAUGUCCCCAGGAAAAAUAAACCAAACAAACAUUAUGGCCAAAAAUGAGCAUGGCAGAUCCUCAAA